AUGGCAGUGUCGAACACAACAUCGAUAGCGUCGCCGGGGCUCGUGAUGACGGAGGCAGAGCUGCGAAAGGCGGUGCAGUCGGCCCCUCUCCAUAAGGUAAGGAACUUCUCUGGUGCGACCAUCGCAGCCGACUGCUCUACGGCGAUCGCCGUCGCCCUCACAGCCUCCAUUCCGAUCUCUAUCAUCGACUACAGCAUUAUGGCGCGAGUGGCUGGUGUUGCCCCGAGUAGCAUGCAGGAGCUCGCUAAGGGUGUUACAACGGUGCUAUUCCGCCCUCACAAGUUUUUUUUCCCAUGCGCAGAAAACAAAUGCAGCCUGGUGUACCGCGUUUGUGCAACCACGUACGGCUUUACGUACAUUGGCUCUAAUCUGGCAAAGAGCUACUGCGAGUCGCACGGGAUGGAGAAGGAUGCCAAUCUGGCCGCAGGUAUUGUGAGUGGUGUGAUGAACACCAUCUUCACCAUCUGGAAGGACAGCAUCAUCCUGCGCGCUCUGCCGCCGGUAAAUCCGAGUGAUUUGUCCAGCGCGAAGAAGUCAGUGCCGUUUUUGACCCGCGCCCUUUUCUGCGGGCGUGACACUCUGACGUGCGUGGCCGCUUUCACGUUCGUGCCCAUUGUCGCGUCGUGGAUCUCGGGCUAUGCGUACUACCAGAAGCGUCUUCCGCAGGCCCCCAAUGCAAUUCUUCCCGAGAACGAGGGCAAGGUGAACCUGCCAAUCUCAUGCGUCGACACAGCGCAGAUGUUGACCCCGGCGCUUCUGCAAUUCGUGACGACGCUCAUGCACAUUACUGCUAUUCGGUACCGACAGACGUAUCCGCACUUUUCGCUGAAGGACCUCUCCGACAGCUUGCGGAGCACGUACCUCUCUUCGACGGUGCUGCGCAUGUGUCGCAUUAUGCCAGCCUUCGGCAUCGGUGGCAUCAUGAAUCGAGAACUGCGCUCCUCGUUGCUGGACAAAGCAGACCCUCAUGAGCAGCAGACCAUAGCGUAA